AGCCAUUCUGGCUCAGGCCGCCACGCCUCGAGGCCCCGCCGCCCGUGGACCCUGGGAGCCGCACGCGGCGCCCAGAAGGCCAGCGGCGCCUCGUGCCACGCCUGGCCCUUUCCGCGCCCUUUGCCUCCAUCCUGGCCCUUCUUCGCGUGCCCGUUGGCGCCAUGGCCGUGCGGCGGCUGGUGCCAGCGCGGGAGGUGCUGCUCCUGGCCACCGCUCUGCUCUGGCCCGCCGCCUGCCAGGGGCAGUCGCAGGCAGACGUGGCGGGCGCAGGAGUCGCCGAGCAGGUGAAGAAUCAGAAGCGGCAGGAGCUCCUGAACCAGAUCUCGUCAGCUCUGGCCGAGUUCAGCAGCGCCGAGGAUCGCCUGAAGAAGCUGGAAAGCGACAACUCGCAGAAGGCCGCCGCCCUGACUGAGAGGGAGACAAUCACCGCGGGGCUCGAGAGGACCGUGGGCGAGCUCCGGAAUCAGGUCCGAGAGAAGGAAGAUGCGAACACCGCGCUUUGGAAGGAAUACAACGACCUGCACUCGAAGCACAACGCACUGUGGGCGGAGUUCGGCGACCUGCAGGCGAAGUACAAGCAGUUGGAGGCAGCGCAGCAGCGGCUGGAGAUGACGUACAGCGACCCCUCGGUGAAGGACUUCUUAGAGAAAGAGGCAACGAAGGUGCGCCAGCACGCCUCCAGCGAAACGUUCAAGUACGUGUUGCCGCCCAGUUCCCGGCAAGGGUCCAAGCUGGCGCUGCGCGACACGUUCAGCUACGGCAGCGUCGAAGAGGCGAGCAGCUGGGGGCCAGCCCAGGGCGGCAGCGUCGUGUACGGCCUGGCGGUCGUGCCACUAGUCUGUAGCGCGUGCUGCUUGGCGAGGGUCGUCUGGAGUCUGAGCCCGUGCCUCAUGUUCCUCCACCUCUACCUGGCCGGCUUCGCCCUCUGCAGUGCGCUUGUUGCUGGGUGUACCAGGGUGGACCCGAUGGAUGCGCUCGCGCUGCACGACCCCUCGGUCUACGUGUUUGCACAGGCCUGUUUCGGGGUCUUCCUCGCCGCGCACACUCUCCUGGUGGCAUAUCCCCUGGUGAUGUGGGUUCGGAGGGUCGACUGGCACGGUGCAGCGAAGAAGGUCGAUUGGAAUAACCGUGAUUUUUCCGAGGCCCUCAAAAGCAUCCACUGGUCCGAUUGCGCCGAGAUCGUUUCGUGCAGGGCCGGGCAGCUGGUGUUGGUCUUUCCAUUGGCCGUCAACUACGUCUCGUACGCGUGGUGGCCCGCGAUGUCUAAUCGCUCGCCGCAGGUAGGGCAGAUGGCCUUCCGGCUGGCGGGCUUCAUGAUGGGGUGGUCCGCGCUUUGCAUACCCUACGUUGUGGCGUCUGCCGCGUACUUUGCAGUCUUUCGUUUAGAGCAGACGUUGUGGCGCGCUUCGAGCCCGAAUGGCGACAGCAGCGUCAUGUCCAUAUGUGUGAGCGCGGACGCAGAGCUGAGGUUCCACGAGAUUGGAGCUACUUUUCGAGCUGCUCGUUUCGUGGAUGUUUUCGGAAGUCUCUUCCAGGAUCGUCCCCGCUGAUGUGUUCACGUAUUGCGAAAUCGAAGACGCAUGCGGCGAACCACCGCGCCCGUGCAUGUUGGAAACGCGCAUGUGGCCAAGCGUUGGGCCGAAGUCUUGCCGAGCUAUUGGGCAAUGUGCUCCGCGAGCCGUCGUGGAAACCCUCAAGGGAAUUUCCGAGGAGGGAGAACGAGAGGACGCUCCAACCAGUGCCUACGGGUGGAUUUUCCAACAAGCUCAGAGCACCACGGCAAGAUGUAGGCGCUUCGCACACAUUGUUUUGGUUGUGCCAUCAUGUGGAUGGGGCAGCCAUCUGCUUCGUGCCUGUUGGCUUGCCUCGCCUUUAGGACCCGACUUUCCUGCACCACGUGCAGCACGGCGCCCAGACGCCCGACGACGUGACGGUCGAGUGCCAGCGUCAGCUCUUGCGCCUUUGGAGCAGGCUUCGCUCUAAGACGGGCGAGCCGCUGAGCCGCUGAGACGAUGGGCUUGCGCUCGCCGUGUGUGAGUUGGCUCGGGCGACUGGAGGUUUGGAGGGGCAUUUGAAGGAGAGUGGUUGCUCUCUCGGCCCCCCUUGGACGCAGGCAGUUCGUCCAACUGUAUGCGCGGAGCGUGAGCAGAUGGCACUGGCCCCGUUUCCCUGGCCACGCGGAGUCCCCGUGUGAAUGGUCUGCAGUAUUUGUGUGUAGGUUUAGCAUGUUGUAGAGGAUCAGUAGCUGGGCAUUGCAUGAGGCGGGUUGCCUGUCGAUUUCACAUACGAGUCACCCAAAGGGGUGGGCGGAUUUCCUUGCCUUAGAUGAUGUGCGGCACUUCGUCGGAGGAUAGGCCCGACGUUGCCUCAUCAGCCAGACCACUGUUGCUACUGUCGCCUUGCCUUUGCGGAAAAAAAAA